AUGAGGCUCCAGCUGGAGAAGCAGCUCUUCUUCCUCUCCCUCCUCUGCAUCCUCGCCAAGGUGUGUGCCCAGCUGUGCCGGAGACCAUGCUACUGCCCCUGGAUUCCACCCCGCUGCCCCCGCGGGUCCCCCCUGGUACUGGAUGGCUGUGGCUGCUGCAAGAUCUGCGCCCGGCGCCUGGGAGAGCCCUGUGACUUCCUCCACAUCUGUGACCAAAGCCAGGGCCUUGUCUGUGACUACAGCGCGGCGUCCGCAGGGACAGGAGCCACCUGCAACUUUGAAGACAGCAAUGAGGGCUGUGAGGUGAAUGGCCGAGUCUAUCGAGAUGGGGAGGUUUUCCAACCCAGCUGCAAACUCCACUGCCGCUGCCUGGAUGGGGGCUUCACCUGUAUCCCGCUCUGCCAGGAGGAUGUCCGGCUGCCCACCCCAGACUGCCCCUACCCACGGCGCGUGGAGGUCCCAGGCAAGUGCUGCCCAGAGUGGAUCUGUGAAGCCCGGGACCAUGCCUAGCUCCAACCAUCCUUUUUCCCCUCAUCUCUUUUUCAUCCAGCCCCUGGGGCAGCAUCCCCACUGCUGCCGUACCCCUGCCAGGAGUGGACCACGGAGUGGAGCACCUGCUCGGCCACCUGUGGCUUGGGCUUUUCUACCCGCGUGUCCAACCAGAACCACUACUGCAGGCUGGAGACUCAGAGGCGGCUCUGCAUGGCCAGACCCUGCCUGGCUCUGCCGGCAGCAUCCCCAGCA